AUAACUGUCAUUUGGACUUGCGACUGACAUUUAUUUUUUGUGAAUUUCGUCAAAAUAAUUUUCUACAUUCAUUUAAUACUAACAAGUAAAAUGAGCGACGAUAGUGGUGCAUCGGUAUCAGAUAUCUCGAGUGAAAACCAGUCGUUCGAGGAACGUAUAAGAAUCAAGAAGAGCCAUUCGAAGACAGUUACAUUUUCCAGAAAAUUAUCUUGUUCAUCUCAGAUAUAUCUCCAAGAAAUAGGGGCUGCAGAAACCACUCUUCUCGAAAUACAGAACGAAGAAUCCAGAGAAUACGAGAAAUUUGCCCAAGUCUGGAAAGAAUGCGAAUUGAUAGAACGCAUAUAUCAGCAGGUCGUUCAAUAUGUGGAUUGUACGAAACUGCAGAUGAAGACAUCUCACCAAUUGUCUGUGCUCCUGAAUCAUUUAACGCUUCGUGAAAACUACCUCACGGAAGAUAUGUCGAGGAGUUUGAAAAAUCUGUGUCAAGAUCCAGAAUUAGAUUCGUGGAAUAAAGUCAAUUCGAAAAUUUACGAUUUUAUGGAGAAUUUCGAUGCGAUGAAGGAGCUCAAACAAAAAUUCGACGACGAUAAAAACAACUACGAAAUUGCACUGAAGAAUUUCAAAAUGGUGCUCGAAUUUAUGAGUUUGAACCUGAAAGACCUGGACAAACUCAAGAAGCAAUUCGAACAUGUGCUGUGGGAUUACCAGCACUCGAGAUGCCUUCUGUUCAAAAAUAUGACGCAAGUUAAGGAACGGAGCCUACAGUUUCUCGGUGAAAUUUGUGGAGUUCUAGACAGAAAAACCGGAGAAAGUAACGUUCUGAACGGACAGCAAAGCUCCUUAUUUCGGGAUAUAGAGAAUGCCCUUAGUACUUAUAGAUAGUUUAUGAGGAUUUAGUGUGGUAACGAGGACGAAAUAAAUAAUACUAAGUGAAAAUAUCGACCCGUGUUCUCAGCCGCAAAUAAGCAGAUCAGAAUAAAAUAUGAAGAUAAUAAUAUAGGAUGAGGAUUUACCUGGAUCCGUUCGCUCUACAUAGAAGUCGGGAGAGAAAUCGUUAAGAAUCUGAAUUAGGAAUUCAUGAUGGCUCUUCUAUUUAUACUUAUAUUUUAUUAGUACCUAAUAUAUCAAAAUAUAACAAUUAA